AUGGAACUGACAAAUACCAAUGAUCAAUCCAUGUUCAAUAACUACUCAUCAUGUCAAGUUAAAAAGCCUAAACAGGAAUAUCAAGAUUCACCGAGGAGUACUGAUGCAUCGUCAACCGAUUAUUAUCCACAAUUAUUUGACAGUCAACUGUCAAAUAAUUUUCAACCAACAACAACUGGUUAUUCAUUUUGUACACUCUCAUCAACAAUGACACCGUCAGCAUCGUCCUCCUCCUCCUCACCAUCAUCAUCAUCAUCAUCAUCAUUGCCAAAUUCUACUGCUUUUACCAAAUGUUUAUCAACAUCGCUUCUUCCUUCCAACUCAUCACAAUCGAUUGAUUAUAAAGUGAAUGAACCAAACUGUUUAGUAAUCUUAAAUAUUUGUACAUCUGGUCGACAGUAUGAUGAAACCGGUUCGGAUGAAUAUCCCAUAAUGUUGCUGACUGCGAAAAUCUAUAACUUACAACAAAGUGAUCAAGAUGGUGCGGAAUUUCAACAAUUCAUUAAACCAUGUCAAAUAAACUAUCAUGAUUUGAAAGAGUCUAACCUUUCGAAAAUUAAACAAUCCAAUAUAAAAUUAGAAAAUGAUGAAAUUCCUGCACAAAAUAAUCAUGAUAACAAUACCAUAACAGAUGUGACAAUGCAGCCAAAUGUUAUUGAUGAAAAUUCCAAUAUGAAAAUGAUUGAACCAAUUGAAGAAUGCAUCAAAGUGACAUCAGUUAACAGUGAAAUUCUAACAGAAGCUCCACUGCUUGAAACAGCUUUAAAAAAUUUUCACCAAUGGAUUCAUGAUAACAAUCUAUAUUGUUUCCAAACUGAUCAUACUACAACAUAUGAUCAACACCAACGUUCUUCUCCAUUUGAAUGUUCAACUUCUACAACUGCCAUUGACAGUGAAAAUAAUAAUAAUAAUAAUCAUGAUAAUCAUAAUAAUUGUGGUGCAGAGAAAAUGGACUGUGAUCAAAAUCCGUUGAGUUUUAUGCUGCUAGUCGAUGGACCGUACGGUUUACGAUUGGCACUUCAUCCAGAAACUACAACCAAAUCAAUCGAUAUGACAAAUUAUUCGUAUUUCUAUCAAUUUAUUGAUAUCAGAAAAUCUUUUGCCAAAUUUUAUAAACUGACUACUAUUCCAAAGACAAUUAAUGAAAUGAUGAAAUAUUUACAAAUAGACGAUGAUUAUUCACCACCUUGUUUAAAUGAUCAAUUUGAAGAAUCAUUCUUGUUCCAAUCUCAACUUGAAAAAAUGGAUAAUACGUAUGAAUAUGAGUAUUGUAAUUCAGAAAUACAAAUACCAGCGAAUACUUCUACCACUUCUACUACAACUGCUACCAAUCUUUUACAAGAUCAUCUAGUUUAUAAUAAUACAAUACAAGAAUCAUAUGAAACAAAUCAAGAUUGUCAACAAUUCAACUCAAAGUUGAUUGAAUUAAAUAGUCAAUCAGGUCAUUGGCCUAAACAACAUUGUCAAAUAUUAGUAAAACUGAUAAGGAAAAUGACAUUAGAUGGAAUGCAAUGGACAGAGUUUGAAACGGUCAAUCGUGAAUAUUAUCCAGCCAUAAUAUCUAAAACGGAUACAGUUGGUGACAAUGUUGUAGUUCGAGCUCGUGGACUACCAUGGCAAGCGACCGAUUUGGAAAUAUUUCAAUUUUUCAGCGGUAUAAAUAUUGCUAAAGGUGGCAUAUCAUUAGUGUUAAGUAAGAUUGGACGUAGAAAUGGUGAAGCAUUGAUACAAUUCGAGAAUGCUGAACAACAAAAUUUAGCUUUAAGAAAACAUAAACAUCAUGUUGGCAAACGAUAUAUUGAAGUUUAUGCUGCAACUGGUUCUGAUUUUAUUUCCAUAGCUGGAGGUGAAACUCAAGAGGCAAUAAAUUUUUUGGCGCAGCUAACAACACCUAGUCAAACAUUGAUUCGAAUGCGUGGUUUACCCUAUACAACAACACCAGAACAAAUUAUUUCAUUUUUCGCAAAUAUAAAUUGUUCAGUACAAUUUAAUGCUGACGGUAUUCUAUUCGUCAAUAAACGUGAUGGACGUGCAACUGGUGAUGCAUUUGUGAUUUUCGAGACAAAAACGAUUGCGGAAAAAGCACUGGAAAAUAAUAAACAACAUAUUGGUAAUCGAUAUAUUGAAUUGUUUAAAUCUACACCAGCUGAAGUCAAUCAAGUUAUGAAUAGUAUUUUAAAUCCAAAUUGUGAUGAACAACUUAAUUGUUGGAAUAACCAUUCAACAGAAUGUAACAGCGCUUUGUUAACUAUCAAUAAUAAUCCUAGUGUCUACAUGCCACAUUUUACUGAAACCACUAAUAAUCUAUUAUAUUCAGACUAUAAUUUAAAAUUACUCUCUAAUCAAUCAACUAUUGCAGAUUUUACAUAUACUCCACAGUUAAUUUCAUUGAUCAAUUCAAAUCCUUCAUUUCUAAACGAUUUGCCACAAUAUCCACAACAACAACAACAGCAACAACAACAAACUCUAUCAUUUGGUCUACCACAAAAUGGAAAUUCCUAUCUUCAAAGAAUUCUAUCCAAUACAAAUUUAACUAAUUCAAUGACCAAUAUUCUACCUACAGAUUCAUUGAGUCAUUUUAAUAGUCUAGACGUGUUGAAUAACGUCAUUGGUGUGAUCAAUACACCUACAAUACCACCACCACCAACAACAACAACAGCAGCAGCAGCAAAUAUUCUCACAUCAAAUCAUCAGUUUGUAACAAAUAGACCUUAUGUUAGACCUGUUGCUACAAUGCAUCCGUUACAUACUGCGACUACUAUUCACAAUAAUAAUACUAAUAAUAAUAAUAAUAAUAAUUUUAAUUCAACAUUACUUCUACCAAGGUUUCCAAUAAAUUCCAUACCAUUAACAAUUAACAAUGUGAAUUAUAAUGUCAAUGGUAGUAUUAGUAGUAGUAAUAGUAGUACUAGUAGUAGUAGUAAUAAUAGUUACAGUAACAUCAGUAAUACGAAUAGUUGUCACAGUAGUAAUGUUAGUACUCACAGUAUUACACCUUUUACAAACAAUCUUAAUAAUCAUCAAUUCAUUAUACCAGAUCUGACAAAUUUACAAUUGUUACAAAUAUUCGGACCAAACUUGAUGAUGAUGGUCACAGCGGCGGCGGCGGCGACGGCGACGACAAUGACGACGACUGCAACAGCAGCAACAACGACUAAUACGACUACUAUUAUCAGUGCUACUGCUACAACUACUACAAGUAAUAAUAAUACUACUAACAACAUUGGUAUUAGUAGUAGUAGUAGUAAAAAUAAUGAAAAUUUAUUAUUGAGCAUUAAUUUAUCCAUUGAAGAAAUUGCUAAAACAUUUGUACGUAUAUGUGGGAUGCCAAUUCAUGCUGACAUUACAGAUAUUUUAAUAUUUCUUCAAGAUAAUUGGCGUAAUGUAGCAGUACAUGGAAUACACUUAGUGUAUGAUGUGACAGGUCAACCAAUCGGUGAAGCUAUGAUUCAAUUCGUCACACAAUUAUCCGCUCAAAAUGUCUGUGAACAAAAGCAUAGAAAUAUUUUCAUUAAAUAUGGUUUACCAAUUCCAAUCGGUGUCUACGUUGACGUGAUUCAAUGUACAAGAGAUGAUUUAAAUCAAUUAUUGUUAAAUAUGUCAGGAAAUAUUGGAAUAUUUACAAAUAAUCUUAUGUCGUCAUCCACAUCAACAUCAGCCUCAUCAGCAUCAGCAUCGUCACCUAUAUCAGCAUUAACGAAUCUAAUGAAUCCGAUAGCUUUUACUCAAUUACACCAUUUUGAUGAACAGAAUUUGACUAGUGUACCACCAACAAAGUCAUCCAUACCCUUGCAAUCAGGUUAUGGUAAUGUUUUCAGAAUGAAACAACCAGAAUUUCCAUUCAAUGCAUUGAUUCACAAUAAAGAAUUGAAUCAUUUCAAUGUCCCGCCACCACUAGGGCCACCUCUACCACCGAUACUAACAUCAACAUUAUCAAAUUAUAUCACUGGAAUGAAUAAUACAUUCCCAUUGGCAACACCUUUAAUUGAUACGCAUCAUAAUAAUCCAAUCACUAAUGCACUAAUUCAAUGUACUCCAACAUUAUCAAAUAUGCUAGGAUUUCAAAUACCGAAUUUAAUUUAUCAAACAUCAAUUCCAAAUUUCUUUACAAGCAAUUCAAUGUUGAAUAAUAAUGAUUUGACUGGAGUACUUUCAACUUCCAUUCCCUACUUAACAAGUUGUCAUAAUAGUAAUAAUAAUGAUAACAUAAUCAAUAAUGGUUACAAUUUAUCUGAAUUCAAAAAGAAUCCGGAUUGGAUAAAUUCAUGGCCAAAUAAUGGUCAUACCGAACAGAUAACAAUUAUGAAUAAUCCUGAAUUGCAAAUCUAUAAGACAAAUAAUCUGUUCACUGCUAAAACAGACACCAAACCAAUUAUUGUUACGAUUCAAGGAUUUCCAAAAGAAAUGACUACUAGUGAUUUUACAAAAUGGUUAGAGCAAAAAAUUAAAAAUGUAAAAAUAUUAUCUAUACAAUUCGAACAUUCUUUAUUGAAUGAAAUGUCGAAUGGUUUAGCUAAAGUUUAUCUUCAACACUAUACAGAUGCAGAAUUAAUUGUCCAAGAAUUCAACAAUACAACAUUGAACAAUUUUCGAAUUAGCGCACAAAUCAAUUAAAUGAAAUUACUAUCUAAUCGAUAGAGAAACAACACAACCAAACCAUCUCUAUCAUGGAACUGAUACAGUAAAAUGUUAUUUAAAUGAACAGAUCAAAAAUAUGAUCUUUAUUUAUCACUAGGUAUUUAAUUCUUUAUUUUCGAAAAAAACGUUUCAUAAUCGUUUCCGUUUUAUUUUCAAAAAAUUUAUUGAUUUUUUUCUCUAUUGUUUUGUUUGUGCUGUUUUUUCUUUUUUGAUACUUCAAAUAUUGAAAUAAUUGAUCA